AUGGAACGCUUCAGGAGUUUACUUGGUGGCGGUGGAAUGGGCCUCGGAGGAGCUGCACAUGGCACUGACAACACAAACCUGAUUGAUAACUCCGAGACGGUCUAUAUCUCCUCCCUUGCCCUACUCAAAAUGCUCCGACACGGUCGCGCAGGUGUGCCCAUGGAAGUCAUGGGUCUGAUGCUUGGCGAGUUUGUGGAUGACUUCACUGUAAAGGUUAUGGACGUGUUUGCCAUGCCUCAGAGCGGUACCGGUGUUAGUGUCGAGGCUGUCGACCCCGUUUUCCAGACCAAGAUGAUGGACAUGCUUAGGCAAACAGGAAGACCCGAGUCGGUCGUCGGAUGGUACCACUCGCAUCCUGGUUUCGGUUGCUGGCUUUCUUCCGUUGAUAUCAACACACAGCAGUCAUUCGAGCAACUGAACCCCCGCGCCGUUGCCGUUGUCAUUGAUCCUAUCCAGUCCGUGAAGGGCAAAGUCGUCAUUGACGCUUUCCGACUCAUCAACCCCCAGCUGUUGAUGCUUGGGCAAGAGCCUCGACAGAGCACUAGCAACUUGGGUCACCUCAACAAGCCCUCGAUCCAGGCUCUCAUCCACGGCCUGAACCGACACUACUACUCGAUCGGAAUCAACUACCGCAAGACCGCGCUCGAAGAGAACAUGCUCAUGAACCUGCACAAGCACGUUUGGACUGAAGCUCUGGAGAUGGACGAUUUCCGACAUGAGGGUUGCAAGAACAAGGACAGACUGCAACAGCUGGUCUCAUUGGCGGAUGGCUACGAGAAGCGCGUAAAGGAGGAAACUGAGCUGACUAAGGAUCAGCUCAAGACUCGAUACGUUGGCAAGUUGGAUCCCAAGAAGCAUCUCGAGGAUGUUGGUCAGGAGCUCAUUGAGGACAACAUUGUCUCCGUGUCGAGACAAAUGAUCGACAAGGAGGCCACCAUGCCCAGGAAGGAGGGCCAAGCAGGGUCCAAGGGGCAAGUGAACGGUGAACAAAUGGACGUGGAAGAGGAGUUAUAA